ACUAUGGGAAGCGCCUCUUGCGCGUGACUGGUAUCUGAAGCUUGUGUAAAAUCAUACCUAUUUAUAGGCCUGCCAUGAUCAGGUGACGUGGCAGUUACGCGUUUUGCCUGUUUAAAGAUAGAAAAGUAGAUUUAUAAGCACUCCCUCAUUCCUUUAGUUCAUACUGAAACUAAAGUUAUAACUACAGCAGAUGUUCCUGUUCAUCCAGAACUCAGGCUGUGGGUAAAUAACAAUCUCAGACUCAAGUCUCUCAAUUCAACCGUAUUUCAUAUUCUGUAGACAUUUUCAUACAUCGGUCUGUAAGAUCUGGAGUAAUCAUUACAGAUUUCAGUUCCCUGCUUUUACACAGCUAAUUUAGCCAAAUCUGAACUGAACAUUUACAGGUAGAGACUGAACAACAAAACAACAAAAUUGUGUAUCAAAUUAGCCAGUCUGACUAUUCAGAUCCUGUCUUUUAAGUGUCAUUUGCGCUUUGUUUGUUACGUGUAGGCAACAGUCCUGCCACAUAGUUUAGUUUCAGUGCUUUUAGUUCAAGGUUUGUCAUUGAACUGGAAUCAGGGUAAUUAACUCUGCCCUCCCCUGGAUACAAUGGUCAAACUGGGAUUUGCUUGAGAUGUAAAAGAGUUGUUGAGAAAAGAGCAGAAUUAGAAACCUGUUUAACAGCUUUAAAGUCUGAAAAGUUUUUUGUCAGCUAGAGCACAGGGGAGGAGUCAUUUCUUCUCAUUCUUAAUCUUUCCUGUUAGAGUCAGAGAGCUGAGUUGGAUGAUGAGGUAGUUUCUGAAGUUUUGUUUAGCACUGAAAGGUAAUAAAAGUUGCUUAUUUUGCUCUGCAACUUACAAACAGACACUGCAAUUUGAAGGGAUAUAUAGUUGGGGAAUAUCAAAUCUACAGGAAAAUCUACAGCUUUGGCUCAAAUGGAUUCCACAAUAAGAGAGAAAUUGGAGGAGCAGCUGGGCAAGUACAUCUUAGACACUCUCAAAUACACUGAAACUGUCAAGCAGUUUUGUGACGGAAAAUCUGAAUGGACCUCACAGAGAAAGACUGAGCUCGAUAAAAUGACAGGCAUCAAGGCCAAGGCUGAGGACAAGAACCAGACUUGGGGACAGUACAUAUGGAAAAGCCUGACAAAUGUUUCCAGUAGGCCGGAGCUGGAGAAGGAGCUAGAAGAAGUUCUUAACAACACUUUAGAAGGCCUGGAGGAACUCCAACACGUCCUGGAUGCAGUGGAGAAGCUAGCCGUCACCUCACUGGAUGUCUUCAUGGAUGACAGUUUCAGUUCCAUGUCCGUACGUUCAGUGAUCUUUGCAGCCAUAACUGUGUCUCCACUCCUCGUCCACUUCAAGAGAGAUGCAAGAGCGUUCUUCCUGCCGAGUCUCAGCAAUGUAGAAGUCCUGGUCUUCCAGCUGGACAAAUACAUCCGCAUCACUCAGCAGAUCAUUGAGAAGAUGGAGGAAGGAUCCAGGAGUGUAUCUGGUUCUGGGGGUGUUCAUGAAUGGAAAAAUAGGAAAUCUUCACGAAACUUGAUUUUGAACGUGAGUGAGGAGUCUGCGCAGGAUCUGUAUGACCAUUUACUCCAGCUAACCAAAAUCAGGAAGGAUGAGUCAUUCAGGAUGAAUUUCCUAUUCGAUGUAAAGGCACAGGACUUCAUCUUUAUAUUCAGAGAGCGCUACUCUAGAAUGCUUGAGUUCCUGUCUGAUUUAGAGAAGGCUGCAGUUGAGCUGGACAAGAUGAAGAAGGGCUCCAACAUCUCCACUGUGGCUGGAAGUUCAGUCGGUAUUGCAGGAGGUGUUUUGUCCAUCGUAGGUUUAGCUCUCGCUCCCGUCACUGCAGGUGCAUCUUUGGCCCUCACGCUAACAGGUGUUGGUCUUGGAGUCACCAGCGGCGUUAAUGGCAUUGUUACAGGCAUCACUGAAAUUGCAGUGAACAGUCAUCAAGGGAAAAAAGCCAAUGACAUCUUCUUGAGAUUUAUGGAAGAUGUGCAGAAGAUCCUAGAGUGUGUGGAAGACGUAACCAGCAGGGAGGUUACUGAAGCUAGGACACUGGCCGCUAGUGCUGGUUCAGUAGCCCAGUGUUUUGAUGAUAUUGUGGUUGCAGCUUCAACUGUAAACGCUGUCAAAGCUGAGGAUGUGGUUACAACAACAGCUGAUUUGUCGAUUCAGAAUGCUAAAGCAGUUCGGAACAUCCCCCAGCUUGCUGCAGAUCUUCCUGACAUUGGGCAGAUGGCUAAGGGAACUUCUCUGGCCCUUUCAAAGUCAGCCAGGGCAGGGUUCAUUGCCUUAAAUGCCCUCUUUAUUGGUGUAGAUGUUUUUUUCAUCUGUAAAGACAGUAUGAGUCUGGCCAAAGGUAGCAAAAAUGAAGUGGCUCAGAUCAUUCGCUCCAGAUCAGCUCUGUGGCGCUCAGAGGUUGAGGCGUGGGAGAAGAUCUAUAACCGUCUGUUUGAAGGAAUCGCAGGGUCUUACAAGAAUAAAGAAAUUUUAGAACAGCCUCUCUACUCUAAAAUAAUGAAUUACAUAAAAAUGCUGACCUGGCAGUGAGCAUGAUUAUAUUCUUUAAGCGAUUAUUUUAUCCUAUGAUCUUAAAUAUUCUGUUUAAAAUGCUGAAGUUGUUAAUGGUGAUCAAUUAGUCUGCAGUCAUUCACAUACUGUAGGCUACUGCAGUUGAUUUCUAUGUUUAUCUCUAGAACCCGGUCUGUAGAACCCGGUGGGUAUCUGUUUAUAAUGGAGGACUCUUUUACGCUAAUCUUUUCCAUGGUGCUUCGGCUCACUUUAUAGCCUCUGCAGUGCUUUCAGCGAGCUUUUCGUUAAAAAUUGCUUCUUUUUUUUUAUUAUUUUUAAAUUUUUUUUUACAAUCAUGUUAUUAUCAUAUUCAGCUUUCAUUUUGGUAAUGAGUAACUCAUGAGUAAUAAGUGCAUAUCAAAAUAAAAUCAAAUGAAUAAACGUGA